GUGAAAUAGUAGUCGCACUCUACUUUUUCUUAAUUAUCCACACAAACACUCUGCUUUUCCUUUGUCUUUUUGGCUUUUGCUUCAAAAGUUGAAAUCUUUUUGAUUUGCUACCGAUUCCUGUCUCCACUCCUCUCUCUUUUGAUUGUUAUCUUAGCUGUUCUUGUUUAUAAAUUGGUCUUUGGUUUCUUGUAUUGCACUUAUUCUCUGGGAUUGAUUAAUGGAGGUUCAAGAAUGUUUAUGCUUUGAUUGAGCACUCUGGAAAACACGCCCUUUUUCGUCUUUUGAUCUCCAACACCACCACCACCGAAUUUCUCUUGUUCUCUCCGCUAAUAAAAAGUGCAGGGAAUAUAGAGCUUUCUGGGUUGGGAACAGUACAUGGCGACGCUUGGGGAUAUAGGGGUUUCGGCGGGGAUCAAUAUACUGACUGCGAUCAUAUUCUUGUUGGCGUUUGCGAUUUUGAGGAUUCAACCGUUCAACGAUCGGGUUUACUUUUCUAAAUGGUAUCUCAAGGGUUUAAGGACCGACCCGACGAGCUCGAGUUUUGUGAGCAAGUUUGUCAACUUGGAUUUCCGAUCGUAUCUAAAUUUCUUGAAUUGGAUGCCAGCGGCCCUGAAAAUGCCGGAGCCUGAGCUUAUUGAGCACGCAGGGCUCGAUUCUGCCGUUUACUUGCGUAUUUACUUGAUAGGACUUAAGAUUUUUGUUCCUAUAGCAUUGCUUGCGUGGACGGUACUAGUACCAGUUCAUUGGACAAAUGAUACUCUGGAUCAAGCAGCGAAGUUUGACAAUGUAGCAUCCAGUGACAUUGACAAACUCUCGAUAUCGAACAUUCCACUUAAAUCAGAAAGGUUUUGGACUCACAUAGUGAUGGCAUAUGCUUUCACCUUUUGGACAUGCUAUGUGUUACUAAGAGAGUAUGAGACAGUUGCUACAAUGCGCUUGCAAUUUCUUGCCUCAGAAAGACGCCGCCCUGAUCAGUUCACUGUCCUUGUCAGGAAUGUUCCACCAGACCCGGAUGAAUCUGUUAGUGAGCUUGUGGAGCAUUUUUUUCUGGUCAAUCAUCCCGAUCACUAUCUCACACAUCAGUUGGUAUACGAUGCAAACAAAUUAGCCAAAUUAGUCAAGAAGAAGAAAAAGCUGCAGAAUUGGCUUGAUUACUACCACCUCAAAUACUCCAGAGAUCAAUCAAAGAGGCCAUUCAUGAAGACUGGUUUUCUUGGUCUGUGGGGAGAAAAAGUUGAUGCGAUUGAUUAUCACAUGUCCGAGAUCAAGAAAGUAACAGAAGAAAUUGCUGAGGAGAGAGAAAGGGUUACUAGUGACCCUAAUGCUAUCAUGCCAGCUGCAUUUGUUUCAUUUAAAACUCGAUGGGGUGCUGCUGUUUGUGCGCAAACUCAGCAAACAAGAAAUCCUACCCUAUGGCUAACAGAGUGGGCUCCAGAACCUCGUGAUAUUUAUUGGGAGAACCUUGCUAUCCCUUACGUUUCACUCUCAUUUAGGAGACUGAUUAUUGGUGUUGCUUUCUUCUUCCUGACCUUUUUCUUUAUAAUCCCUAUUGCAUUUGUCCAAUCUCUUGCAAGUAUUGAGGGCAUUGAGAAAAAAGCGCCAUGGUUAAGGCCCCUUAUUGAGAUCAAAUUUAUAAAAUCAUUUAUCCAAGGUUUUCUACCUGGGAUUGCUCUGAAGCUUUUUCUGAUCUUUCUGCCAACAAUAUUGAUGAUCAUGUCAAAAUUUGAAGGAUUUAUAUCCUUGUCAUCUCUGGAAAGGAGAGCGGCAUCGAGAUAUUACCUGUUUAAUUUGGUAAAUGUGUUCCUCGGCAGCAUAAUUACUGGGACUGCAUUUGAGCAGCUCAAUUCUUUUCUCAAGCAGUCAGCAAAUCAAAUUCCGGAAACAAUUGGUGUAGCUAUUCCAAUAAAAGCUACUUUUUUCAUUACAUAUAUAAUGGUUGAUGGAUGGGCUGGUAUAGCUGGAGAAAUUUUGAUGUUGAAACCUCUUAUCUUUUACCAUUUGAAGAAUUUCUUUUUGGUCAAGACCGAAAAGGAUAGGGAGGAGGCGAUGGAUCCUGGAAGUAUUGGUUUCCACUCUGGAGAACCUCGUAUACAGUUGUACUUUCUAUUAGGUCUUGUCUAUGCUACAGUGACACCUCUUCUACUUCCAUACAUCAUUGUUUUCUUUGGUUUGGCAUAUCUUGUGUUCCGUCACCAGAUCAUAAACGUUUACAACCAAGAGUAUGAGAGUGCUGCAGCAUAUUGGCCUGGUGUUCAUGGACGUAUUAUAACAGCACUAGUCAUCUCGCACUUACUUUUGAUGGGAUUGUUGAGUACAAAGAAAGCUGCUCAAUCAACACCAUUUCUGAUUGCUCUUCCCGUGCUCACUAUAUGGUUCCAUAGGUAUUGCAAAGGCCGUUUUGAAUCCGCGUUCAAGAAAAAUCCAUUAGAGGAAGCCAUGAUAAAAGACACACUCGAACGAGCAAGGGAGCCGAACUUGAAUCUUAAGGGCUACCUUCAGGAUGCAUAUUUGCAUCCCAUUUUCAAAGGUGAGGAUGACGACGACGACGACAAGAUUGGCACUGCUAAAUGGGAGGAGGAUGAGGCCCCGAUAGUCCCUACAAAACGGCAGUCCCGACGAAACACACCAGUUCCUAGCAAAGUUAGUGGUGGAUCAUCACCUUCUUUGCCUGACACCGUACAGGAAAGUCCAGAGCCUUAA